CGGGGGGCGUGCCUAGCGGAGCAGCACGCACGGCCCGGCCCGAAGCGGAGCCCGAAGUGACCCGAACGGCGUUCGGCCUGGUAGUCACCGGUACUUACUACUGGCCUCCCCAGCACGGCCGCGGCUGUAGGUCUGCUUCUAUGCCUAUGAUUGCGUGUGCGAGCGGUCCGAGCGGGUGGUGGUGUCCACCAGGUGGUGCGGGCGCCGGGCUCGGGGGUGGCCCGACCCCUGGCCCGACCCCUGGCCCUGGCCUCCCCUCCAGCACCAGUCGGCUAGCCGCCGUCAGUCAGUUCGGCUGCUCGUGUGACCUGUCCCGCGGGGCGCGUUGCUCGCCGUCGACGUGCUCGCCGCCCGCCAGGACCCCCGGGGGCACCGUACCACCUCAACGGACGUGGACGAGGAGUACUACUACCAGGGUACGUACGCGCGGGGGCGUCGUCGCCGGCGUCUGCGGCCGGACAGUGGCCGGCAUAAUGGCGGAGCACAGAGCAAUGUAGUCAUUUCUCUCUUAUCUUUUUAGCGGAGACCAACGAGGAUCACGGCAACGAGCAUCGGCAGCCGCCACGAUGGAGCAAGCCUUCGAGUGUGAAGUGUGCGGCAAGGCGAUCUCGUGUCGUGGCAGCCUGCGCGUUCACCUCCGAACACACACGGGAGAGAAGCCCUUCGAGUGCACAGUGUGCGGCAAGAAAUUUUCGCACAGCAAUGGCCUUCAGUAUCACCAUCGGACCCACACGGGAGAGAAGCCCUUCGAGUGUCCAGUGUGCGGCAAGAAAUUUGCGAGUGGAGGUUACCUUCGGAUUCACCAGCGAAUCCACACGGGAGAGAAGCCACACGAGUGCACAGUGUGCGAAAAGAAAUUCGCGGGAAUUGCACAAUUGAAGAGCCACUUACGCUGCCAUACAGGGGGGGAGAAGCCCUUUGAGUGCAGCGUGUGCAAUAAGAAAUUUGGACAGGGUGGAAAUUUGCGCACUCACCUGCGGACCCACACUGGGGAGAAACCUUUCGAGUGUAACAAGUGCAACAAGAAGUUUGUGACGAGUAGCUGUCUAGUUAAUCACCUCCGCACCCACACCGGAGAAAAGCCCUUCGAGUGCACCGUGUGCAGUAAGAGGUUCAGGCAACAGUCGAGUCUCCACAUACAUCUCAAGCAGGUGCACACCCGAGAGAGGCCAUAUGCGUGUACCUUGUGCGAAAGGAAAUUCGCGCGAAGAGGACAUCUGAAAAACCACCAUGUAACUCAUACGGGGGAAAGGCCCUUCGCAUGCACGGUCUGCGACAAGACGUUUAAGCGUUCUGCAGAUCUGCAUGACCACCUUCCCCUUCAUAUGGGAGAACAGCACUAUAAACACGAAUGCUCAGAAUGCAACAGAAAAUUUCGGACCAGGGGUGAACUCUGCGUGCACAUCCGCACUCACACAGGAGAGAAGCCCUUCGAGUGCGGUGUUUGCAAAUGGAAAUUUACGCAAAGCACCCAUUUACGUACACAUAUGCGAACACACACGGGAGAGAAGCCCUACGAGUGCACCGAGUGCGACAAGAAGUUUGGGACGCAUAACUAUCUAGUCGUCCACCUCCGCACCCACACCGGGGACAAGCCCUUCGAGUGCGCCGUGUGCAGCAAGAGAUUCAGGCAACAGUCGCAUCUCCGCACACAUCUUAAGGUCCACACCGGAGAGAGGAAGUUCGAGUGCUCGGAGUGCGACAGGAAGUGUUUGCACGCCAGCAAUCUGCGGGUGCAUCUUCGCACUCACACGGGAGAGAAGCCUCACGAGUGCGGCGUGUGCCACAAGAAGUUCUCCUCACGUAGCCAUCUAGCUGUGCACCGCCGCAUCCACACCGGAGAAAAGCCAUUCGAGUGCAACGUGUGCAGCAAGAGAUUCAGGAGACAGUCGCAUCUCCACUCACAUUUUACGGUUCACACCGGAGAGAAGGAGUACGAGUGCACGGAGUGUGACGUCAAGUUUUCGCACGCUGACAAUCUGCGGGCACAUCUUCUCCGAACUCACACGCGAGAGAAGCCCUUCGAGUGCACCGUGUGCCACGAGAAGUUUGCAAGCAGUACAAGCCUGAGAGUGCACCUGCGAACGCACAAGGGAGACACGCCGUUCAAGUGCACCGAGUGCGGCAAGACACUCGCGGGCCGGAGCAACAUGAUGGACCACCUUCGAGAGCAUUUACUAUAGAUGCCAGGCCGUGGAUUACGAAAAUCCAAAUGUGCACACUUUUGACAUUUCUCUUUUUGGCAUUGUUUUAUUUAUUUGCACGUUCAAAUUGUAUUUUAAAUGAUUAAAAUGAGACUUCAACCAGUUACACGCGUUCUGCAUUCGCAAGCGAGGACA